UAUUUCUUCACCUUCCUCUUCCUUUCCAACCGGCUGCGCAGGAGACUCUCUCUCCCGUCCAUAAGAGCUUAUAAGCUGAUAUUGUUUUACCAUUUCCUUCCCGGCUGAUUUAUUUCGCCGGAUAAAUUCGAAUUGAAACAACCUGAACCUCCGGUGGAAGAAGUAGAGCUACUUCUCCGGCAAUGGAAACGGAGGUUCAAUCGAAUUACAGCUACAUGGGUCGAAGCUUCGGAGAUCUCAGUAUGAACGAAAACUCCUCCGCUUUCAGUGACUGCGACAGCGAUAGAUCUGGUGAAUUCCCGACAGCUUCUUCGCAGAGCCGCCGUCUACUGCUUGCUUGCGCUGCUGAUAACUCCGACGAAUUAAUCCAUCAACUCGUCACCGAUCUGGAUUCGAGUUCAAUCGACGAGCAAAAGCAAGCCGCAAUGGAACUCCGUCUUCUGGCUAAGAAUAAGCCGGAGAACAGAAUCAAAAUCGCCAGAGCCGGCGCAAUCAAACGCCUAAUAUCGCUAAUUUCUUCCCCCGAUCCUCAGCUUCUGGAAUACGGUGUAACCACAAUCCUCAAUCUCUCGCUCUGCGACGAGAACAAACAGCUCAUCGCCGCUUCAGGAGCAAUUAAGCCACUUGUUCGAGCUCUUAAAACCGGCUCAUCCGUCGCCCGAGAGAACGCCGCAUGCGCUCUUCUCCGGCUCUCGCAAGUUGAGGAGAACAAAAUUGCUAUCGGAAGGUCCGGCGCCAUUCCGCCGCUAGUGGACCUUUUAGAGAACGGAAAUUUACGAGGCAAAAAGGACGCAUCGACGGCUCUAUACUCGAUAUGUUCGGUAAAAGAAAACAAAAUCAGAGCAGUGGAAGCUGGGAUAAUGAAGCCUUUGGUUGAAUUAAUGGCGGAUUUCAGCUCAAACAUGGUUGAUAAGUCGGGAUUCGUUGUGAACGUCCUCACGUCGGUGGCUGAGGCGAGGGCGGCGCUGGUGGAGGAAGGCGGGAUCCCAGUGGUGGUGGAGAUCGUAGAGGUAGGGUCACACAGACAGAAAGAGAUUGCGGUGUCGAUCCUGCUUCAACUUUGUGAGGACAGCGUGCCAUACCGGACCAUGGUGGCCCGCGAGGGUGCGAUUCCUCCCUUGGUUGCUCUGUCUCAAUCCGGUACCAGUCGCGCCAAACAAAAGGCGGAGACACUGCUUCAGCUUCUCCGGCAGCCGAGAUCAGCAAGCGCCACCGCUCUAGGAACCUCUGUUCUUUCAGUUUGAGACGGCGCCCCAACCGGACUACGCCAGAGAAGAAAGUGGGUAGUAGAAAACAAAGAAAGACCAGAUAGAUAAGCAAAUUCCAAAUGUAAAUAGUUCUAGUGCUUUUAGUUUGUGAUGUCUUGUAAAUUUGAGCUUCAUUUGACGUUGAAUUUCGUGCCCUUUUGGCCCUGGUGCGGUGUUGCGUGUUGCAAAUUGUUGCUUUUUGCAAAUUUUGAACUCAGAUUUUGAUUUAAAAACCAGAUUCCAAAUGAAUGACUAGUUUGAGCCUAGCAACGUUUGGUUCACCAUAUAAAGAACAUAUGCAUUUCAUUCAGGUUUUUAAUUAUAAAAUCAAAAGAUUUGCAACUCGCAAACUCCGCAGGUCUUUGAUUUUUGGUUUGUUAAUGGGAGUUUUAAUUUGUGUGUGGAUGUGUUUCUACUUUUUUAGCGUAUGUUUAUGAAUGAGGAUUUUGAUUAUAUGAUAGCGUAGUGGAACUGUGAGUGUGUAACAAAAAUGCAGGUGACGAAUGAGUCAAUUUUAAUUACUCAUUUAGCCUUGAGUUUGUGCGCACAAGUAGAGUUUUUAGCGGAAAAGAGUGACUCACUUAUUCAAGUAAACAAGUCAAAGAUUUGUUUCAUACUCGGGUUCAAAACGAGCAGACCUAGCCUAUACUAGAAAAUAGCAUUUGGACUCGUGAUUGGUGUAUAUACUUGAGGCUUAAAAUGCAAUCUAAUUGUGACUCGUGAGAUCGAUUUGAACAUCGGGAAAGUUGUGCUGAAGAUCAACUCUGAACUCCAGAACUGAAUGAGGGGAGCUCGAGCUAGACUAAAGCCGGUGCAUUGUAUAUCAUGAAAUUAGGGGAGAAUUUUAAAAGUUCAUGUAUCUUAGAUGUUAGGUCGGUGUGUUGAAUGUAGACUACAAACUUUUAAGUCAUUAAAAGUAUAUUCAAAUUUUCAUUCAUCUAUACAUAGUACGGAG